AAGGGAGGGAGAGCGCGUUUGUGGACUAUGGAUCCUCUGACUCGCCCGAUUGGGGAUAUAAUGCGGCGGAACCCCCAGCAGGACUACGAACUGGUCCAGAGAGUGGGGAGCGGCACAUACGGAGACGUCUACAAGGCCAGAAAUGUGCACACGGGAGAGCUGGCGGCGGUAAAAAUAAUCAAGUUAGAACCAGGAGACGACUUUUCAUUAAUACAGCAAGAAAUCUACAUGGUUAAGGAAUGCAAACACUGUAACAUCGUGGCUUACUUUGGAAGCUAUCUCAGUCGGGAGAAGUUGUGGAUCUGCAUGGAGUACUGUGGAGGAGGAUCCCUACAGGACAUUUAUCAUGUCACAGGCCCACUGUCAGAGCUACAGAUUGCCUAUAUGUGCAGAGAGACUUUACAGGGGCUUGCUUAUUUGCACAUGAAAGGCAAAAUGCAUAGGGACAUUAAGGGUGCAAAUAUUUUAUUAACAGACCACGGGGACAUAAAGUUAGCUGACUUCGGCGUAGCGGCGAAAAUAACCGCCACCAUUGCAAAGAGGAAAUCGUUCAUUGGCACACCUUACUGGAUGGCCCCGGAAGUUGCAGCUGUGGAGAAGAACGGCGGCUACAACCAGCUGUGUGACAUCUGGGCCGUGGGCAUAACGGCCAUCGAACUGGGGGAGCUGCAGCCGCCCAUGUUCGACCUUCACCCUAUGAGGGCCCUCUUUCUCAUGUCCAAAAGCAACUUUCAGCCGCCAAAGCUAAAGGAGAAAACAAAAUGGUCAGCAACAUUCCACAACUUUGUCAAAGUAGCACUUACCAAAAAUCCAAAGAAGAGGCCGACAGCAGAAAGACUUCUGACUCAUAGUUUCGUCGGGCAGCCUGGUCUGACUCGAACUCUGGCCGUCGAACUGUUGGACAAGGUGAACAAUCCUGAUAACCACCCCCACUACAGUGAGCCGGACGACGACGACUUCGAGCCUCACCCAGUUAUUCGGCCGACCAUCCGCUCCACCAACCGGAAUGUCAGAGCAGAGAGGACGGCGUCGGAAAUAAACUUUGAUAAGUUGCAGUUCGAACCCCCUUUGAGAAAAGAGACGGAAGCGAGGGAUGAAAUGGUUGUAGCCGCUGGAGCGCACUUCGCUUCACACUGGAAUCCUUUCGUGGACUGUGGGAGCAGCGCCAAGGCACCUCUAGCCAAAUUUGGCGACGGCCACGAAGAUACUGAGGAAUCGACAUUGAAACGGCCAGGACCCCCGCCUCUGCCUCCAAAGCCUAGGCUCAGCAUUUACCAGGAGGAAAGCCUCGUGGACGAUGAGAAGUCCCAGACGAUCAAGUACUGCCCCGACUCCCACCAUCAAGGUCCUCCGGUGCAUCGGAGGCAGAGCAUCCCGGUGUGUGGGCCUCAGCUGGAGCCUGCCCCGCUCGGCAUGACCAGCAGCGUUAGCAGCCCCGGCCUCCUCACUGCCAGAUACAGCGACUUGGGGAAUGGAGACAGCAUGCCGAAACUCCCUGAGGAGAACGCCGACGGGUUGGGACACAUACCACAGUUGCCACGGAAAAAGGAGAAGCGAGAUUAUCCGAAGCCGGCUAUCAACGGCCUGCCUCCGACGCCAAAGGUUCUGAUGGGGGCAUGCUUCUCUAAGGUCUUUGAUGGCUGCCCUUUGAAGAUCAACUGUGCCACCUCAUGGAUACACCCAGACACAAAAGAUCAAUAUAUUAUCUUCGGAACCGAAGAGGGCAUCUAUACGUUGAACCUCAAUGAGCUUCACGAGGCCACCAUGGAACAGCUGUUUCCACGGAGAUGUACGUGGCUGUAUGUGAUCAACAAUACCUUGAUGUCGCUCUCAGGGAAAACAUUCCAGCUCUACUCCCACAACCUAAUAGCUUUGUUCGAACAAGCCAAAAAAACAGGACUUGCUGCUCACAUUCAGACCCAUCGCUUCCCUGACAGGAUAUUACCCAGGAAGUUUGCCUUAACCACAAAGAUCCCGGAUACGAAAGGGUGCCAUAAGUGUUGCAUAGUAAGAAACCCGUACACCGGCCAUAAAUACCUCUGCGGAGCAUUGCAGUCAGGAAUCGUUUUGCUUCAGUGGUAUGAACCGAUGCAGAAAUUCAUGUUGAUAAAGCACUUUGAUUUCCCGUUGCCAAGCCCCUUGAAUGUGUUCGAAAUGCUGGUGAUCCCAGAACAGGAGUACCCCAUGGUGUGCGUUGCGAUCAGCAGGGGGGCCGACCCGAACCAAGUUGUUCAGUUUGAGACGAUCAACUUGAAUUCUGCCUCUUCGUGGUUUACAGAAAUAGGGGCAGGCUGCCAGCAGCUGGACGCCAUCCACGUCACACAGCUGGAGAGAGACACCGUCCUCGUGUGCUUGGACAGAUUUGUGAAGAUCGUGAACCUGCUAGGAAAGCUGAAGUCGAGCAAGAAGCUGGCCUCUGAGCUGAGUUUUGAUUUCUGCAUUGAAUCCGUAGUGUGCCUUCAAGACAGCGUCCUGGCCUUCUGGAAGCACGGGAUGCAGGGCAAGAGCUUCAAAUCCGACGAGGUCACCCAGGAGAUCUCGGACGAAACCAGGGUUUUCCGCUUACUGGGCUCGGACAGGGUGGUGGUGCUAGAAAGCAGACCAACGGACAACCCAGCCGCCCACAGCAACCUCUACAUUUUGGCAGGCCACGAGAACAGUUACUAGGCAACCGUAACCCGACUCGGACAGCAA